GGACGGCGAGAAAGCGGGAAGGUGCGCGGCUCGGCUGUGGGCAGCGGUGGGCGCUGAGGAGAUUUUGCGUGGACGCUCCUCUCCUUCGUUUGUAAUGAAUAGCUGAGAGGGAACCAAGCAAAGAGCCAUUAUCCUUUUGAUGCUCCCAGCGUGGAAUGCUUUGCAUAUCCCGAGCCCAGCGCGUUGUCUGCUGUGGUUUCAGCAUCAGAAGGGGGGAGAGUUUCAUUCUAUAACAGAACUUCAGGACUGCAGCUGUUGCCAUCCUGGAGUCUAUACAGCAAAUCCCAGCUCCGUGAACAUGGGACACAGCUGUAAAAGCUGGGAGAAGCAGCAGGAGUGGCUGUACAGAGAAUCCCAAAGAGAGCGUGCCUGGGGACUUCACACCCCCACCCAGGAUCUGCUUACAGCAUCACGUCUGGAAUGGAUUCUGCUUACCCUGACAUUUCAUUCCUGUGAGUGUGUAGAGGAGAUGUUCAGCUGCAAAAGGCAGAAGUGUCAGGAAGCAUCUGUCUAAACAUUUUGUCACCAGGGAGAAGUGAAGAGGGAAGGCUUUCAGAAGCUGCCCAGAGUUGAAGAUGGAUAUUAAGAGCAUGAAGAACUAUCUUUAUUGGCUGUACUGCCAGUUUGAAUUAAUCACCUGCAGCUAUCUCAUGGAGCCCUGGGAAAAAGUGCUCUUCUACACUUUCAACAUCACUAUGUUAGUGAUGGUAGCAUACACUGCUUACAUCCUUUUCCCUGUCCACAUUAGCACGGCUUUUCAAUUCUGCUUGCGCUUAUUUGGAAACCAACAUGAAAAUACUGUUUCUGUUGUGAAGUAACAUUGGCAACCUGACAUAACUUUUGGAUCAAAGAAGUGUUUUUCUCAACGCUUUCUGUUUAGAAAGACAGGUUCAGGGUGUGUGCAAACACUGUUUUAUUCUCUUCGUUUUCUUCCGUAUUCUGGGACUCUAUGACAGCAGAUUAUUUUGCCAAAAAAUCAAUUUCAAUCAGUCCUUGCUUUUAUCCUUUGACAGUGAUUUUUAAAGAGCUUUCAAUUUUAAAGACUGACUGGAGUUACAAAGCUGGGUUUGGAAAGGAAGCAACUGCGCUGUGUAUUUUGUUACCCCAGGGAGAACUGUUUGGAUACGGAGAUUUUCAUCUUAGGAAACUACGUGGCAUGUAUUUGUUCUUGUCUGCCACAGCUUUGCUGACAGGAAAGUUGUGUACAUGAAAGGUUUUGUACAAUACUAUGCAACUAUAGGCUGCUUCUCUACGUUUGAUAUGUAUGUAUUUAUACACUAUUAUAGUAUUUAUUUAGUUUGACUCAAUUAUUUAAUGCGCCGAAUUAUUUGACUCAUUCUUCAUUAUGCAAAUAAUGCAGUUGAUUUAAUGAAAAUGUGGGGAUUUACUUCCACAACUAUUUUAAAUAAAAUUUUGAUUUUCUUGGAUGUAAAAUAAUUUGUUAUUCUUUUACAAGAUCAGUAAAGCAUACAUAUUACAUGCAAAGCAUUAAACUACACAUUCAGCUGGAGUAGGGAUAUUUUAUACUCUUCCCAUUUACUUGUUUCUGGAACACGAACUGUCGAGACUUCGGAUUUUGUAAUUAACAUAGUGGACAUCCUGUAAUUGGCUUUGUUUUGAAGUCUAUGGAUUUUAACCUUCAAUCUUAAAAGCACAACAUGGUUACCCUGCCAGCUUGUUAGAUGGAUACUGACCGAAGCUGGCCAGAGAUGAAGUACCAAUGCAAUUACAUUGAGAACAAGCACUCAGCACCAUGCACACAGCACAGCAGCAGAGUGUAUACAGGGUGACAGCCCAGCUCUGCUCCCACCCACACUGAAGUGAGUUUUCUUCUGUCUUUUGAGAGUAGUGAUGCUCCCGGAAUACCCUCACCUUUAAGACAACAGGAUGUUCUCAAUAAGUGGUAAUCAAAUGAUGUAGGAACUGAGAUUUAAUAGAAUCGGAGAAUCAUUAAGGUUGGAAAAGAUCUCUAAGCUCAUCUAGUCCAGCCAUCAGCCCAUCACUCUUUGCUCAUAGACUGUGACAGAACAAACUGAAAACACUAAUUAUGUUACUUGUCAUCUCACCAUGAGAUCUAGUUACUUUCCCAAUUUAUAAUUAGGAGAGUAUGAGGGAGGAUAUGAAAAUAGCUUAUUUGUGAAAACAAAGGCAGAUGAGUUUAAACUUAUAACUCUUUUGACAGUACCCAGGUAAUCUCAGGCAAAUUUGUAAAAAAAAAUGAACUUUGUCUCAGUGCUUUCCAAUUAUAAUCUGAUUGUAUGUUUUAUUAAUGUAGUCUAAUGCCUGAAGUGAUAAACACCUUGCAUUUUCUCCUAGCAGCUUUCAUGUACAGGACAUAGAUUGCCUUUACUGAAAUUGAGGAGCAGAAGAGGGAAACACUGUAUUAUAGUUUGGUCAAUUAUCAGACUAUCUGUCAAGAUCACCAUUUAGUUUUAAAACUAUCAGUCCAUAGUGUAAGCAAGUAAAUGUAGUAUGUUGCAUCAUACAUGCUCGAGAGACAUGCAGAUAUUGCAUUGUACACCUGCAGAGAAAUCACAGAAUAUAAGUAGGCCAACAUAGUUAUAUUUACACUGAAUAAGAGCAGACUGUACACAUGCAUCCAAAGUAUUUGUUGGCAUUAAGGAAUCUGACAUCUGGCUGAAGAACUAGGAACUUACGCUGGGUGCGUUUGUGAUUUUUGUUUGUUGCCACUCUUUCCCUCUCUUCCCCAAGUGAACCCCUCGUGGUGUUUGUUGUGGUUGCAUGAAUUGCCUGGUGUCUCUUGCAAUAGCUGUCACAGGAUCGUGCCUGUGCAGCUGCUCUAUUUGCAUGCUGCAGUCCUUCGACAUGGGCUGGCUCCUGGGCAUCUGCAAGUGACAGCACUGCAGUUCAGCUCUUCGUUCUGUCCAAGAGCAGCACAGAUCUCUAGAGCUCAGCUGCGAGAACUGGAGGGAGGAAGGAAACCACGAAAAACCAGAAGGAUACAGAGAGCUAAGUGGCAGCUGAAAGAAGAAUACUUGAUUAGUUUUAUUCAUUAUAAUCUUUUCCCUGCAUGGGACUAAGACUCCUAACUACAGAGUAAGAUUUAAAAUACUAUAUUUAAACUCCACCUUGUAAUUGCUGUUUUGAAACAACACAAACAAAAAUACUAACCUGCUUGGGCACGCUCCCUGCUGGGAUCUGCGCUCUGGCCAGCAGCCCUCUCUCAGCUGAACUCUCUGCAUGCUACAGCCUCUCCAGAGAAGAGCAACAAAAACUUGUAAAGAUCUCCCUGUCAUAGAAGUUCUGCCCCACGUAACUGUUCCAUGGGUUGCCCGACUGCCCCACUACCCACUGCUGCUAUGGCAGGUGCAGGUGCUGCAUCUUUACUGUGACAGUUACAUCAGGAACACUUGACACAAGGGAUGCUUAAUUAAAAAACAACACUCCUUCCCCCCCACGCUUUCCCGUGUAGGCAUGCAGCCAGUUCUCUGCAGAGUUUCUGCACAUAGAUACAUACACGCACAGUCUACAUGAGUAGGAAGUUGGUUCUUAGAUGCUGGAUGGCUUGUUAAUCUCCUAAACAUUAAUGUCAGAAGAUUUCCGUGCUUAAUAAGAGAGUAUCAACUCCUCAACAUCAGUGCCUGCCACAUGAGACAGCAAUUAAAAAACACCUGUUUUUUCCUGUCAGCAAGGGUUGGGCUUUUGGGUGUUUGUGCAUGGGAGAAGAUAAGGUUGCGUGCAGGUGCUGUUUGCAGGCUUUUAUUAACAAUCAGAUGCAGGAGUAAGAGGUGCUUGUUGCUUUCUCCCAGGGCUGUUAACCCCAGUGUACACACGUAUAUGCUGAAUGUACUUGCUCAGUGAAUUUCUGUUAAUGAAUGAAUGAAUUUUAGUAUUUACAAAUGUGGACUUAAACAAGCAGUGUUAAUUGAGCAAAGUUAGUUCUGACAUAUAACCAAUAAGGCAUUCUAAUGGCGUUUCCAUUCCCAUCUUUGUGAAUAGUUCUGACCUAGAAAGGAAACUGAGGGUGACAUGAAGCACCAUUCAUUGCUCAGCUCCUAAAAAGGGUUCUCAUA